AUGCUCGACACGCUGGUCACGGACACCGAUGUCGCCAUGAAGGAGGCGGAGACCGAGGAGAAGGACGCCCAGGAGGACUACGAGAAGCUGAUGAGCGACGCCGGCAACAAGCGCGCGACGGACUCGAAGGCUCUCACCGACAAGGAGGCCGCCAAGGCCGAGGGCGAGGAGUCUUUGCAAGUGGAGGCCGGCAAGAAGAAGGACCUCGAGACGGAGCGCAUGGAGACGAUGCAGGUCCUAAUGAACUUGCACAGCGAGUGCGACUGGCUCGUGAAGUACGCGGCUGCGGACUACGAUGUGCGCAAAGCUGCGCGCGCGGACGAGGUGGACGCGCUGGGCAAAGCGAAGGACGUGCUCAGCGGUGCCGACUACUCCCUGGUGCAGACCGCCCGUCGGUCACGCACUGGUCUCCUGAGGGCCGCUUGA